GCGCCUGAGAAAUAAGUACAUCGCGAUCUUUUUGUUCAUCUCUGUUGUUCUGUGUUUGGGUAUGGGUUCCGGUCUCCUUUGAGAGACUUCAGUGUAAAAGCGUGGCGCUGUAAGUGUGUGUGUGUGUGUGUGUGUGCGCGCGCGCGCGCGUGUGUGUGUGUCCCGCAUUGACAGCAGGCGCUACGGAUACACACCAAGCCUCGACUAGCGCUUUGUGUUGCAGCCAGAAGCCACCUUGGAGUGAAAGGAUCUUUCUUUACGCGCUGACCAUGAACACAGAUCUGCUAUGAAAUCUUCGUGGUGACCGGAAAUUGUGUCUGUUUUUGUGCCCGGGUGCCAAAAUUAAAGCUAAAGCGAGUAAAGAUGAAGCAGCAUGGAGUGGGUGUUUUACUGACGCUGUGGCUCUUUAUGGAGUGUAUAGAAGCAAAGAAAUACUGCUGGUAUUUUCAGGAAGGAUACCCCACCUACUUCAUAUGCCGCUCGUACGAGGACUGUUGUGGGACUCGAUGCUGUGUACGCGCUCUGUCCAUCCAGAGGCUCUGGUACUUCUGGCUGCUGCUGAUGAUGGGAGUGCUUUUCUGCUGCGGAGCUGGCUUUUUCAUUCGCCGACGUAUGUAUCCAUCUCCUCUGAGCGAAGAGCCCGCCUUUAACGUGUCGUUCACCAGACACCCUGUGAGCACGCCAGUCUCUCAGCAGCCUGGAAUUCAGGGCUAUGGAGACCCCAGCGCGGCCAUGACGAUGCCCCUGGCCCCUGCUUACCCAGGCCAGCCCAGCACAGCCCACAUGAUGAGCUCAUACCCACCGCCGCCCUCCUACUGCAACCAUCCUCCACCAUCUUACGACCAGGUCUUCAAGACCACAGAGAAGAAGUAGGUCCAGACGUUCACCACGGCACAACACACUCCAGCGGAUCAGUGAUCUGAGCCAGGACGACACGACACGAUGCGAUGCUGCCCAGAACCUCCGGCAGCCGCCAGCUCAGUCUCGAGUAGCUUCAAGUGGCUUGUUUUUAAUUUCGUGUGCUUGUUUUAGGAUGCAGCAUUUUUUUUUUUGUCAUGUUCAUUGUUCAACAUUUUAGAGGUGGACAGAUCUGCUUCUAUCUGACUGUGUAUUUAAUUAAAAAGAACAUGAAGCUUGUUGUGGAUGGAAGGACAUACAGAACAUGAACUGCGUUUCAGCUUAAAUAUUCAGCAUUUUGCAGUUUUAGAGUAACAGCACCUGGUGGUGGCAAAAGUUGGAUGCUGGAAAGGCGGCGGCAGUAAAUCCAACUGCGUCAUGUUUUUACUGUUGUUCAGUUUGUACAGAGGAAAAUGACAGUUCCCUUCGAAGGACAUCAUCCCUUGCAAAGUCCACUGCACUGUCUGGGCAACUUGGAAGCCUGGAGGCUUGGGACAGUAAACUCAGACCAUCUUUUGUAGGGACUACAGCAAGGACUUUGUUGUGUUUGAACAAGAGGAACUCUGCAGGCAGUAAUGAUCCCUGAGCUGAAGCAGAGGGCGAUGAUCGCCAAGCCGAAAAGACAGCACACCUUUCAAUCCGCUAAUCAAGCAGGUCAUUCAUUCAUUCUCGUAAUCCAUUAUACACCCGAGGCCACUGGCUGUUGUAAGUGAAGGUCUGAUACUGAAUCAGCUUGAAUCAGGGCCUUCAGCCUGACGGUGGUAUAGCCAGUAAGGACAAGGCCAAGGUUAGUUUCUUCAUGAUACCCAGCAUGCAGCCAUUUCACUGCCAUACAUAGCGCCAACCCAAGCUUAAGCCACCAUGCUCGACUGUAAGUGAUCAAAAAACUAUUUUCCAAACUUAGUUGCCAUGUUACCGUCGAACAUGGAGGCAGUCUGGUGAUCCUCUGUUCCAGUCACAAAAACAUGUGAAAGUAUGCUGCUGUGUCUAGAACUGAAAGCGUUCACUGAAAAGCACACUAUUGAUAGAUUAAUUUAAGAAAUUACAAAAGAGCACAAUUAAACUCCUAGAAUGAACUUUUAUGCUUUUCAGCAAUUGAUAGCUUUAAUUUGGAAGAAAGGAAGUUGCAGACAAUUGAAGCAGAACUUGGCUCCAAUAUUACAAUAAAUAAUAGUGCUCGUCACAGCGAUCUUCGAUGAAAGGUACAAUGAUGAAAUAACUUGCCUGGGAUUUUUAAAAAAAAAAAAAAAAAAGCACCGGGUUUAAUAUUAACACUUCACCUUAAUGACAACAUGCCUUGAAGCUCAAUGUCAUUCUUUAAUUCAUGGAAAAGAAGCAGGACUUUAAACAGAUCUUUUAAGGAAAGUGUCAGGUAUUCUUGCAAAGAUUUGAGGGAUUUCAAAUUGUCUAGUCAAAGAACGUCGGUCAGACAUGUAUAGGAGAGAUUAGGAAAGGUUUUGGAUGGGAUAACAUUUGCUCGUUUUUAUUUGUGUUGAUGUACAUUUCAAUGGCUGUUCUAUGCAAAGUAAAGAUGGGGUCAGUUAUAUGUACAACUUGCUUAGCUGUUGUAAUAGGUGUGUGUUGUAUCAAUCACUGUAUCAGGCUGAAAGACAUGCAAGUUACAGGUGUAAGUGCUAUUACACGAAACCGUCAAAAUUUAGAUAAAACAUAAGGAUUUCUGUCCUUUUCUCGAAAUAAGAUAAGAUGAUAUACUGUUCUCUGUCAUAUUGUAUCCAAUAAACGGUCAUUGACAUGUCAGUAACCAAAAAAAAAAAAAAACAGUGUCAUGCUUAAUGUCAAAAGAGGCUUCAUGAAUACAAUGCAAUACAAAAUUCCCUUCUCUCAUAAGGAAUGGUUUGGGUAUUUUAUUUUUCUGGUUCCACACUGCAUGUGUAUGCACUGAUUAUCUCUGCAACUGGAGACUUUAAGAUAUGUAACACUUUCACCAGAGGCCAAAAACUCUGCCAGUUUUAGUUGUGCUCAUGUUCAACGUUGAAUUUCUUCAUCUUGUUAAACUCCACAGUGAUGCUUAAUGACUGGUGUGAAAGUAGACAGAAAAUGUUCAAGGUAAAUGUUGAUAUCAAACCCAUUUCCGUUCUUGGAUAUGCCACUGAAAUUCUGUGUAAGGGUUAUCCAAACAACAGAGCAUGUCUCACACUGUAAGCCAACAGAGUCAGACUUCAUUUGUUUAUACUGAUUAAAAAUGCCCGAUUUGAUAUCACCAUUGACUCUGAACAUUUGUGGGAGGAAGAAAAAAUUAACCGUUUUAGGGAGGUUUAACGUUUCUAUGACUGGGUGUCAACAGAAAUACUUCUGAAAACCACUAAUUCAUCAAUGCCCCAAGUGUCUACUUGAGCAAUUAUGCAUCACUGUGGUGUUUGACAUAAGAAAAUAACAUCCAAUGCUGAAUAUGGACACAACAAAAACAGGCACAAGUUCCAUUUUUUAGCCUCUGGUAAAAAGAGCUAAAUGAAUGUGAUCUCAGACUUUUUGACCCAACUGCACCUCUAGUUUAGCAUCAUUUACCUGCAUGGCAAACUGGCUAAUUGGAUCCAUCUGCUUUAAUCACUUCUUUUUUUUUAAUUAUACUGCAAAGACUAAAAGCUGGGUUCAACUCUGAAACGUGUGAACAUUAUUGAGAAAAUUGGUUCUUGGCCAUGUUCAACGAAUUUUAUUAAGCCUUUUCUUUCAGAGUAUCCUUUUAUGAGCCUUGGAAUCUUGCGAAACUAAAUGAGGACACUGAUUUCUGAACUAUAGACAGAUCUGCAAAUGACUGAACUAGCAAUAAUCCAGCCUGAGAAUUUCAACUGAUACCUUCUGGUGUUCAUGCUGGUCUCGAUCCUUAAUUAAAACUAAACUUCUGCAAAGUUCAGUAGAAGUAAAAGUCCAGGAAGUUCUAAAUGAGUUUCUUCUGUGAUCAUUACUGUGACUAUGAUGGAUAAUUUAACUCUUAAGGUGCCAAAACUCCAUCAUUUACAUUUCUGGCAUUAGGCAGACACUCUUAUCCAGAGUGACUUUUAUCUCAUUUCAUACAAACCAAACAAUUGAGGGUUAAGGGCCUUGCUUAUGGGCCCAGGAGUGGCAGCUAUGAACCAUACACAAGGCUGAGUCACAUUAAAACCG